CGCAGCCUCACUGUACAACAACUGCAGCCUAUUCAUCUAUAUUGACUUUCCUUCAACCUCACAACUCAGCAGAGCAUAUACAUCAACAACAAAACCACAACCAUGCGCACCCUCACGCUUCUAGCCAUCCCUUUCCUCGCAACUGCCAUCCCCCUCCAACAGCCAAAAACCACCGAAUCUGCACCCCUUCCACUGGUUAUCUGGCAUGGCCUAGGCGACGACUUCCAACGCGAGGGCCUCCUCUCCGUCGCUUCCCUCGCCGAACAAACCAACCCAGGAACCUAUGUCCACCUCAUCCAUCUCUCAGACACUGCAUCUGGCGAUCGCCAAGCCACCUUCCUCGGCAACGUCAGCGAACAAAUCGACACCGUCUGCGCCCAACUCGCCUCCGACCGCAUCCUCAGCACGGCCCCGGCAAUCAACGCCCUCGGAUUCUCCCAAGGUGGCCAGUUCCUCCGUGGCUACAUCGAACGUUGCAACGUGCCGCCCGUCCACAACCUUGUCACCUUCGGCAGCCAGCAUAACGGUAUUGCCGAAUUCCAAGAAUGCGGCUGGGGCGACUGGAUCUGCCGCGGCGCGGAGGCGCUCCUCCGAGCAGGACGCUGGUCGUCAUUCGUGCAGGGCCGGUUCGUCCCCGCGCAGUAUUUCCGCGAUCCGGCCGAGCUGGAUGAGUACCUGGCCAGUAGCAAUUUUCUCGCCGAUGUGAAUAAUGAGCGCGAGGAAAAGAAUGACACAUAUCGGGUGAAUCUGCGGCGGUUGAAUACUUUUGCGAUGUAUAUGUUUGAAGAGGAUCAGAUGGUGCAUCCCAAGGAGAGUGCGUGGUUUGGGGAGCUGGAUGAGGAGACGGGGGAUGUUGUCGGCCUGAGAGAGAGGGAUAUCUAUAGGGAGGAUUGGAUUGGGCUAAAGAAGUUAGAUGAGGAGGGGAGAUUGGUUUUCAGGUCUGUUCCUGGGAAGCAUAUGCAGUUGAGUGAAGAGGUUUUGGUUAAGGUCUUUGGGGAAUUUUUUGGGCCGGUGGAGGUUGAUAUUGACGUUGAUGUUAAGGGGGAGGUGCUGGGGAAGGCUUUGGUUAAGCAAUUUGGGUAUUGAUAUUUUUCUGGUUGUUUUUGAUUUGGGCUUUUCAAUGGUUUCUUAUAUACCCCUUUGUAUAAUUGGAAUUUGGGUCCGUUGGAUUAGGGUUACUGGAAUAUUAUUGUUUAGGAUACCGUGCAUUGGUAGAGCAUAAUAGAUACUGAGAACUGUUGAUGGAAUUGGAGCCAAUAAGGCCCUUGUAAUGCCAACAAAGAAC